AUGUCCGGCUCAACCACGCCGCAGCUGGUGGCCGCCGUAAGCAACGCCGGCGGCCUGGGGAUGUACGCAGUGGGCUCCGGCCUGCCAGACGCGUCGAAGCUGCCCGCCGUGAUCUCAUCCAUCCGCGAAAAGCUGGCAGCUCCUGACACCCCCUUUGGCGUCAACAUCUUCGUGCCGCCGCCCGAGCACUACCACCCCCAGCCGCUGUCGCCCGAUGAGUCAGAGGCGGUGGCACUGUGGGUGGCCGCGUACCAGCGCCGCGCGGCGGCGCUCGGCAUGGCUACAAAGGUGGCGGCCGCGCCUUCCUUGCCCGACUUUCAUGGCCAGUGGUCGUCGUUUGAGCGGCAUGUCGAGGUGAUGGUGGAGCAGCGCGUGCCGCUCAUCAGCUUCCACUUUGGCCUGCCCCGCCCCGCCACCCUGGACCUCAUCCGCGGCGCCGGCCUGCUGACCGUGGCUUGCGCGACGACCGUGAAGGAGGCGCGCGCCGCGGAGGCCGCGGGAGUCGAUUUCGUGGUGGUGCAGGGCGCAGAGGCCGGCGGGCACCGCGGCACCUUUUACGGCGAGGACCCGCGCAGCGGCCUGAUCGGCACGCUGCCCCUGCUGGCCGCCGUCCGCGCCGCCGUGUCAGUGCCCGUCAUCGCCGCCGGCGGCAUCAUGGACGGCGCGGGCGUCGCCGCCGUCCUCGCGGGCGGCGCCGCGGGCGCGUGGCUGGGAACCGCGUUCCUUGCAGCAGCGGAGGCCGACGUGGCCGCAUGGCAGCGGGAGGCGAUGCUGGGCCAGGCGCCAACGGCGGACGGCAGUGACGACAGCGUCGAUAAUACCGUCGUGACGCGCGCUUUCACCGGGAAAGGCGCGCGGGGGCUGGCCAACGACCUGACGCACGAGCUGGCGGAAGUCGAGGGGACGCUGCCAAACCUGUUUGAGCUGGCCAACACGCGUGCCUUCCUGGCUGAGGCGCGGCAGAAGGGGCUGAGCAGCGUCGGCAUAGCGCUGUGCGGCCAGGGCCACCGCCGGCUGCGGCGGCAGGUGGUAGGUGCGGGGCAGCUGCUAGCUGAGCUGGAGGCAGAGACUGACGCGGCAGUGGGGCGGCUGCUGGGUGACGGGUGA